AUGUCGCUGUUGUAUCAAAGUUCUAUACGGGAUCGGACCAUCCUCCGAGGAAGAUUUUCUUUCACAAGGAGAGAAGAGAAAGCCUUCAGGUUCAGAGAGAGAAAUCCCAGAACUAUCAUCAACUGGGAUCUCUUCGCUACGCUAGCCGUCUUUUGGGAAGAUUCCGCAAUGGACAACAUCGAAGAGGAAUAUGACCGGCUUGUUGAACACCUUCACGACGGCGCGAUGAAGGCUGAGAGUUUUAAAACCACCAAGAGACGUCUGUCUCUUGAAACUCUUGAGCUGAUACGCCAGCGUGGAGCAGCACGAGCCGCAGGGAACCAAGAACUCACGUCCGAGCUCGCAAGGCUUUGCAGAGAGGCGAUAAAGGAAGACCUUAAAGACAGAAGAGCAGAAGUGCUGGCUAUCCUAUCAUAUCCGGUCCCGACAGAGUAA